AUGGACGCCGACGGUGGCAAGCGGAAGCACAGCUUCAGACAGCAGCCGAACAAGCGCGCAAAGGUCGAGGAUGGCAACGCGCUCAAAACGGGCUUUGGCGCGAAGAUGCUUGCCAAGAUGGGAUACAAGGGCGAAGGUGGUCUGGGAAAGGAAGGAGCCGGUAUCUCAGAGCCCAUCCAGGUCGUUAAUCGUGGCACCAAGGGAGGCAUCGGUUCAGUGGCGGAGAAGAGUGAACAACAGAAGCGCGAGGAGCGGCGCAAGGCUGAGGAGAAUGGCGAAAAGUAUGUCGACACGUCUGAGGAGGAACGCGAGGAGAGGAAGAAAAGAAAAGCAAAGGCUAGAGGCGAGGCACGCACCGCAACUCCCCGGCCCAAGAAGACUUUGUACGAGUUGGAAGCUGCUGGAAUGCAUGUACCGCCCGUACUGCAGUCCAUCAUCGAUGCCACGACAGGCGCAUCUACUCCUGCUUCUGGCGUAUCGCUUCGUGGCCCUGACAUUGUUCCCUUUGAAAAUUCGUUGCAAGCACGCGUGCGGAGAGACCUGAACAGCUUCUCGGAAGCCUUUGAGCAACUACAAAUCGAAUCGCAGUCUAUUCCACCUCAGGAAUAUGCACUACAGAAGGAGCUUGAGGCUUUGGAACGACAAAUGGACGAGCUUGAGGAUCUGCAUUCACGAAUGCAAUCAUUGCGUAUUGGUACAUUUGGGGCUGUCUGCGAAGGGCUCAAGAGUCUGCGCGCUGCAUAUCCGUCGAAGCCACUGCAUCGCGAGUCAAUCGCUGUCAUACAUCCACACUUUUCCAAGGUCACGGCUUCAUGGGACCCGCUCGAGGAUGCGCUUGAAGAUAUGGCAGCAGCCUUUGCGGAACUGGCCAACAUCAUACAGCCUCGAAGCAGAAGAAUCGUGUCCCAGGCCUACACUCAUCCUUCAGAAGCAUUGGUCAAUCAGAAUGCAGUUGAAGAGGAAGAUACAAUCAAGCGUGGAACUACAUCAGCAUACGAAUCUAUGAUGCUGAAAUUGUGGCUUCCUCCUGUCAGCUCAGCAGUGACACAAUGGGAUGUGAAGCAUCCGCGUCCCCUAUUGCGUUUGGUAGAAGUGUGGACACCGGUUCUUCCACCCUUUAUAGGCAAACGAGUGCUUGAGCAGGUUACGCGGAAACUAUCGACUUCUAUUCAUGAAUGGAAUCCUCGGAAGUUCAAGAAGAGCCCACACACUUGGGUGAUUGAGUGGCUUCCGUUCCUCCGGCCUGCAGAUCUGGAUCCCAAGGGAUCUGGGCUUGUUGCUGAAAUUAGGCGCAAGAUUCGUCACGCACUGCACUCGAUUGAUCUCUCCAAGGGACCAUUGCCCGGAAUGGACCAGUGGCGAAGGCUUUUUGGCAAGGGCGAGUUUGAUCAUUUGCUUACCUCGCAUCUACUACCACGCUUGGCAGCCCAUGUACGAGACUACUUUGAAAUAGACCCUAACGAACAGCAAGACGUCGCACCGCUGAAGGCUGUGUUUGCAUGGAAAGGGCUAUUAUCGAACGAAGCCAUUGGCGAGUUAUUGCGGGCGCAUUUCUUUCCCAAGUUUCUCGCAGUCCUUCAUCAAUGGGUGUCAAGCGAAGAGGUGGUGUUUGAGGAAGUCCGGGCUUGGCUUGGGUGGUGGAGGAACGACGUGCGUAAUGAACUGAGUAACGUGCUCUCUGUGGAAUUGGGCUGGGAGAAAGCAUACUCGCUUGUAAACCAAGCAAAGAGACUUGGUGAGGCGAGGUUUACAGAUCUCCCGACGCCUCAAUUCGAGAGUACUGGACCGUCUGUAGAGACGGUACGACCGGCCAAACCAAUCAACAAGGAGCCAGCACCAUCUGCGCCGCCAGCACAAGAACACAGGUUCAAGGACACGGUAGAGCGAUUUUGUGAAGAGGAGAAUCUCCUCUUGAUUCCGCUACGUGAAGCACACGAGCAGACGGCCCUACCGCUCUUCCGCAUCACGGCAAGCGCGACGGGACGUGGAGGUGCGGUGGUCUAUCUCAAGGAUGAUGAUGUGUGGGUGCAGAACAAGAAAGAUAAGAGCGUGUGGGAUCCGAUAGACCUGGGCGAAGUGCUCAUUGCCAAGGCCGAGGGCAAGUGA